GACGACUACUCGUUGGAAGAAGCGGGCUCACCGGCUUUGCGAAGUUACUCGUGUUCUGUCUUCCAUCUAGCAUCGGGUUCCUCGACUGUACCAACCGUGUUGUUCACGCAUCCUCUUCGUUUCUCUUGGAUCCUUGGUCGUGCCACACGGGAUCGCGACAGAUCGAAGGAUAUAUUCAAGGGUUUACUGCCGAUCCAUUCCGGAGGCAACUGCGGCGAGCAUCGUUAUUGAAAUAAUGAAGAGAGAAGCUGAUGCAGGCGCUAUGACAGGUUCCGGAGGACCGACAAGUCCUCACAAGCGUUACAGACAGGGUGACGAUGAACUUCGUCUUCUGAUCCCCAGCAAGGUUGCCGGUUCGAUAAUCGGCAAGGGUGGCCAGAAUAUCACCAAACUGAGAAGUCAGUACAAAGCCUCAAUCAUUGUACCCGAUUGCCCCGGACCCGAACGGGUGCUUACUAUCAGCUCGGAUCUGCCCACCGUUCUUCAAGUAUUGAACGAGGUCGUACCUAAUCUCGAGGAGGUGAGUGUUGCUACCAGAAGAGGAUCACACGGGAAAAGAAAUGACUCAAUCAAUGGAUCUCGACACGGCAGCGACGAGAUCGACGUGCGCAUGCUGGUGCAUCAGAGCCAAGCUGGAUGCAUAAUCGGCAAGGGAGGUCUAAAGAUCAAGGAGCUUCGCGAGAAAACCGGAGCGAGGAUCAAGAUCUACUCGCACUGCUGUCCUCACAGCUCCGACCGGCUGAUCAGCAUCUGUGGCAAGCCGACCACGUGCAUUGAGUGCAUUCGCGAGCUGAUCGCUACUAUUAAAACCUCUCCGCUGAAAGGUGUGAACAAUCCUUACGAUCCGCACAACUUCGACGAUUACUAUGCGGACGAUUACGGCGGUUAUGGGACCGGCGACGGUGGCCAAGGAAAAGGUGGUGGCUUCGGUGGUCCAGGAGGUCGCGGUGGUGGUGGCGGCGGCGGCGGCGGAGGCGGAGGUAUGCCACCGCGUCGCGACAACCGUGCCGGUGGGCCAGGCGACAUGAAUCGCGGCUUUCCACCGCCACCUAGAGGUGGACCGCGCGGCGGAGGCAGCGGAGGCGGCGGAAUGUCUGGCGGGCCACCGGAUCGUGGCUACGGGGGCAAUUCUCGCGGAGGAGGCGGCGCUGGUGGCGGCGGAUACGAAGGUGGACGAGGUGGCUAUGGAGGCAACAGGGGUGGCCCGCCACCGUACGCUGGAAAUUACAAUGGUGAUGGAUGGGGUAUGCAAGGAGGCGCGCCAAACGGUUUGGGUGGCGGUGCUAACUCGGGCAUGAGUGGUCCACCCAUGGGUGGUAGCAAUCAAGGGAAUCAAGGCAACAUGGGUGGAAACAAGACCACCACUCAAGUCACAAUUCCCAAGGACCUCGCUGGGGCCAUUAUCGGCAAGGGAGGUGCCAGAAUCCGGAAAGUGAGAUCAGACAGUGGCGCCGGAAUCACUAUAGACGAGCCGUUGUCCGGUAGUAACGAUCGCAUUAUCACUAUAACUGGGUUACCGAGUCAGAUACAAAUGGCUCAGUACCUGCUUCAACAGAGCGUGCACGAGAAUGCAGACCAUUAUUAAAAUGUGGUGUAAAGGAAGCAUUCGGGGGGAGCCAAAGAUGCGUUUAUAAUUUUUUUAGAGAUACUUCUUCGCGCGAAAAAUGAAGACCGAUUAAACAAACAAAAAUAAUACGACGAGAAUUCUUGAAGCCUUUUUUCAUCGAAAAAGAAAAAAAAGAAAAAAAACAAAAUAAUAUCACAUAUGCUUGGCGUUUCUCCUUGUGCAUUUGCGAGACAAAAAAAAAAAAAGAAAAAAAGAAAAAAAAAAGAAAAAGAAAAUGAAAUCAGAAAAAAAAAUGUUCUCAAUAAAUAUUAAUCGGUCAAAAAGCAAGGAGCAAGGAGAGACAGUCUAUUUUAUAGACUUUUUCCACUUGAUUAUACGGAGUUACGAAUAAGUUCGUAAUGAAACACUCGUCUGCCUGCCUUCACGAGCUGAGAAUCUUGGAAUUGGCAUUCGAGGAAUAGCCUCCUCGAGCGAAAAAGGCCAAAGAACAGCACUGUUUCUACGCCUGAGAUCGUUCUCGAUCUUAUGCAUUUUUUCUCUUUUUUUUUUUUAGUUAUUUUUUCCAAACAUUUUAUAUCGUGUGCUUUUUUUCAUAGCUCUGGAUGAGCUUUGAUACAAUCAUUUUUUUUUUUCUUCUUUUAUUUCCCACUCGUUUUAUUUCCAAUUUUUUUUUUUUUUUUCUAAUCCCUGUAGAAGUCAAACAUAAAAACGCACAUGUUCUCUGUAUUUUUUGUUCUUCGCUGUUUUGCUGCAGAAACCUUGCAAAAAAAUGAAAGAAACUCUUCCUUUCCUAUUCUGGAGAAAGAUUCGCAAAUUUCGCAAGAUCGAUGGUGGUUUCUGACAGCAAAUGAUUAAAUAUCAGACAGAAGCUGAAAAUCUGGAAAAUGUAGCGGUAAAGAUCGAAGGGAGGGAGAGAUUGUCGAGUGAACCGUGACCGAAGAGAAACGCUACGUAAUGCGCGGAAAUUUUUUGUACAUAAUACAUUUCGGAAACGAAAGCGAGAAGAAACAUAAUACAGAAGGAGAUAAAAAAUCGCAAACGAUAUCGCUUCCCUUUUUCCAAUCGUCAAACGACCAUCUGCUACUGCUGCAUUAACUAACGAUAACUUCAUUAUUAUUAACUAUCGUAAGGUUAAGAAGAGUAAUUUUUGCAUUAAUCGUAAACACUCUGAUGAAUUUCACAAAUCGAGCGCGUGAACGAGUGUUGGCGACCCAUUUUUUCCGCGGUAUAACUGUUAAGCGUGUAAGAAUUCUAAUAAUAGAGAGCGAUAAAGCUACACUAUUAGAGAGGUGCAACUCCAUUGGGAAAUAUCGCUAUAUAAUAUUGAGAUGUUGAAUCAAAAGGGAAACUUGCAACGAAGUCUGACGAUGCUGCGUCUUAGAAACUAAAUAGGUAACACGUUUAAAUGGAAACUGAAGGCAUACUUGAAAAAUGUUUAGAACCUUAAGAACGACGAAUGCGCUAUAAUAUAUACAUAUACAUAUAUAUAUAUUAUAUUACAUAUACGUCACUUUUCACGACGUACAAAAAGUCUCUGUAUCUUAUGAUCGCCGGCGAGAAGACGAAGAAGAAGAGUAAACGAAGCGACGAAAAGAAAGGAAAAUUUUAUCGCGUUUAUACGGGAUAUCCAGUGUAUCCAAAUGAAAGGUUUGACAAACAUCGAAUAUCAGGUUCGUACUUCCGAAAGGGAACACCGUGAUGAUCCGUUCGCGUGGCACGCCCGAUGCCCGAGUCUUGCAGAAAACAAAUUAACCAAAUUUCCUUGUAAAUUGUCACGAGUCCUCUUUGCGAUACUUCGAACCCCUACGAUUUUUCAUCACGUUUCCUCCGAGACUUUUAUAUGUUGCGCCCAGCGACGAGUCACACGGUUGUUCUCUUUUAGGGGGUUGCAACUCGAACGAGGGCGCGUGCGUGCGCGCGAACUUUCGAAAGACAGAUCCAUCGAAAAUGGAGAAGCAAGGUUGACGAAAACGAGGAAAAGCCGCCCUCGAAUUAGAACGAACUCGCCCUCUUUCCCUUCCUCCACAGGAGAUACUGUCAACAUCCUUAUAUAAUACCCCCUCUCUCUUCUCCGUUCCACGAUAGUAUAUCUAGCCACGUAACGAAACGGAAAUAGAAGAAAAGAAGCGAAAUCGCGAGCCCGAGAAAAGAAAGAAAAAAGAAAAAAAAAAAGUAUGGGUUUGGAUGACGCUACGAAGGGCAUUUUUUUAACGCAUCUCGAUCAAACGACCGGCGCCGGUCGUCACACGGAGCCGCCCUCUUCUCUUAGGUUUAAUAAGAAUGACCGAAUCCACCACCCCUCCGCCCCGCCACCCUCCUCUUUCCGACGGUCCACUCUCGCAAGCGUCGUGUACACCUCGAAGAUCAAAAACAAAGAAAAAGUAAAAAAAAAAAAAAGAAAAAAAGGAAAGAAAGAAAAAGAAAAAAAAAAGAUGUAUGAAAAGAAGUGUGAAAUGGAAAGGAAACCAUUUACGUCCGCGUGAUCUCGAACAGGAGAGGCGCGUGCAUUUUCGUUCGACUCACGAUCGAUUGUACCGUCUUUUUCGCGGUGUCGGGGGAAAUGAGAAACGUCUACCAUUGGCGGGACUUCUCUUCCGUUCGCCACGGCGAUUCUGAUUUAUACUCGGUUCAUUUUUCUUCCGCGCUGCCGAGCCAUCGGCAUUUACCUGGGGAUUGAAUUGCGAUUUCCUCGAAAGUUCCAAAUGUUUCGUUGCAUUUCCCUACGAAGCGCUCGUAGUUUUUGCCACGCGACGUGCAAUUUCUUUUUUCUUUAUUUCGUCGUUGUCGUCACACAGUGUCGAUGAUAAAUUCGUCUCUUUUUUCCCGCGACUGGCGAAUUGAUGGCGCCUUUCGUCCUUUCUUUUUUUUUUUUCUUUUUCCUUGGAAGAGAGGCGGGAUGCUUUCUCAUUGCCCCGAGAUCGAUUUACGUAAUAAGAGUUAGAGACGAGAAACAGGCAACAAAACAGAGAGACAUACA